AUGCCACUGUUUUAUAACCCAGGAAAUAUAACAGCAGAGGAAUAUAAAAAGGAGAAGGAGUUGUUUGUAAGUAACUAUUCGGGGAGUUCCUAUUUAUUACUUUUGUCGAUGUUUACAAUUAACAUCUAUUUGAAUUACUUCCACCACUUACUCCACCACUUCUACCCUAUACUCCACGAGAACUUUGUGGUGUACGUGAUAAGCGACUUACUCAUAUCUAUUCCAUCUAUACUCAUACCAAUGUUCUUCCCCUCAGUCGUCUACCCACUUGUUAUUGUUUUGACUUUGGUGUACAUUGUGGCGUGCUAUCUAUAUCCACAAGACCCAAAGAAAAAUACUUUCAAAGCCGUUUCUGUGGGGUUUGUCGAGUUCAGAUCAAUGAUCAAUUUGUGGACGUUGAUCGCCAUUUUGGCUGUGGAUUUUAAAGUGUUUCCACGAAUGCACACAAAGUCGGAGUUCUACGGCGUCUCUUUGAUGGACAUUGGUGUUGGCGCAAUAGUUGUGUGUAGUGGAGUUGCUGCGGGGCUCAAAGAGAAUACGACGCCGUACUUCAAGAACUUGGUGAGUAACAUUUUACAUUCAAUUCCAUUCUUUGUGAUUGGAGGGGUUCGUUUGUUGGCAACAGGAGCUGUGAAUUACCAACAUCAUAUGAGUGAAUAUGGUCUUCACAUGAAUUUUUUCUUCGUGUUGGGGUUCGUUCAAAUUUUGACUGCUGUGAUUAACUCCCCACGAAAAUAUUGUUGGAUCGCUUCUCUUCUUCUUAUUUCGAGUUAUGAAAUGGUGUUGAAUGUUUUCGACUUGUAUACUUACACGUUGACAGCAGACAGAGCAACAAGUUUCUUUGCAGCAAAUCGUGAAGGGGUUCUCAGUGUCUUUGGAUAUACUGCAAUUCAAAUUGGAAGCACUGCAAUUGGGUAUUAUUACUCCCUUUACACGACAAAGUCGGACAGAAUUCAGUUGAACAUUAAAGUCCUAUUUAUAUCCUCUUUGAUGUUUGUUGUUUAUGAAGUACUUUCAAUCUACCUUCUUCCGUGUCGGCCAUUAAUAAACAUCACUUACUUUUUGGCGGUGAUGUCCAUGAUGAUGGUGUGUUAUUCCAUAUGUGACAUCAUUCCAAUGUUCCUUCCAAUCACUCAAACAGCUGGUUCCAAUGGGUUAUCCCUCAAUCAACUCCCACUCUUUUUAAUCGCCAAUUUAUUGACUGGUCUCAUCAACUUGACUGUAUACACACUCUAUGUACCUUUCUUUGAUACUCUAGUCAUUCUUUUCUCUUAUAUCGCCUGUGUAAGAUUACAAGCAUUUUUCCUUGGGUACUAUCGAUGGACCUUCAAGAUUCAGUCUCUCCAAUUAGUCCAAUUAGACACAGAUUAUCGAACGCCUCUCCGAGUGUAUUCUCCACUCUCUCUGUUUAAACAAUCGCACUCAAAAAAGACUGACUAA